CGCGCGGGAGGUGAGAGGGCCGAGAGGCCGAGGAGGGCUGCGGGGGGCGGAGCCACCCUACAGGUCCGCCUCCGUCCACAGCUGCCUCGGCGCGCCAAAGUCAAACCCAGCGACCCGCCGGCCGGGGAGCCAAGCAGGGUCAGGUCUGGACCCAUUCCGCGGUGCGCGCGCACCUGUGCUGCCCUCCUUGCCCGAAGAUUUGGGCAGCCAAAAGAAUGGCCACCCCGCCUAAGAGAAACUGCCCAUCUCCCGCGACCAGCUCCGAGAUUACCCGCAUCAAGAAAAUCUCCAUCGAAGGGAACAUCGCUGCAGGGAAGUCAACAUUUGUGAAUAUCCUUAAACAAGUCUGUGAGGAAUGGGAAGUGGUUCCUGAACCUGUUGCUAGAUGGUGCAAUGUUCAUAGUACUCAAGAUGAAUUUGAGGAACUGACAACGUCUCAGAAAAGUGGUGGGAAUGUUCUUCAGAUGAUGUAUGAGAAACCUGAACGAUGGUCUUUUACCUUCCAAUCCUAUGCCUGUCUCAGUCGAAUACGAGCUCAGCUUGCCUCUCUCAAUGGCAAGCUCAAAGAUGCAGAGAAACCUGUACUAUUUUUUGAACGGUCUGUGUAUAGUGACAGGUAUAUUUUUGCAUCUAAUUUGUAUGAAUCUGACUGCAUGAAUGAAACGGAAUGGACAAUAUAUCAAGACUGGCAUGAUUGGAUGAAUAACCAGUUUGGCCAAAGCCUUGAAUUGGAUGGAAUCAUUUAUCUUCGAGCUACUCCAGAGAAAUGCUUAAGUAGAAUAUAUUUACGAGGAAGAACUGAAGAGCAAGGCAUUCCUCUUGAAUAUUUAGAGAAGCUUCACUAUAAACAUGAAAGUUGGCUCCUGCAUAGAACAUUGAAAACAAACUUUGAUUAUCUACAAGAGGUGCCUAUCUUAACACUGGAUGUUAAUGAAGAUUUUAAAGACAAACAUGAAAGUCUGGUUGAAAAGGUCAAAGAAUUUUUGAGUACUUUGUGAUAUUGCUGAAGACUCCAGGCAGCCCAGUGCUUCCAAAUACUUCAGUUUUGUGUAUCUUCAUAGCUCAAGUAUUCAUAAGACUCAAGUUUUUAAUCAUUUUUUCCCAAGGAAAAAAAGGUGUUUUUGUUUGUUUAUGAAUCCUAUGUAAAACUUUCUCUUUCUCCCUCCCUCUCUUCCUUUCUUUUAUGGUUUUAAAAACAAAGAUGUUUAAUUAUCUCUUAGAACAGGAAGUCUGGAGGUAGAUGGUUCCAAUGUCUGAAUAGUGGUUAAACUAUAUUAUAAAAGACCCAGCCUCCUUCUGUCUUUUUCCUCUUUUUCCGCAGGUUAACAUUUUUCCAUAGUGCUUCUCACCUCAGGGUUGACCAGUUUUUUAAUUGGAAACAUUAAUGUUGCAGAGUAAAUGAUGUGUAAAUGAGUGUACUUAUUAAAAGUUGAGAAAUAGAAUUUAAGAAUUCCUGGAAUAAGGAUUCUGAAGUGGGGUUUAUUUUGUUCUGUUCUAUUUUGUAAAAUUUCUGUUUGUUUUAUUUUCUUUCUAGAGGUGCUGGGGGGUCAAACUAAGGACUUCCUGCAUUUUAAGCAAGUGCUCUAUUGAACUGUACCUCCUGCCCCUGAAGUUUUAUUUGGAAUGUUUUUGAUCAGGUGCCUCUCUUUCCAUCCUAAUUUAUGUUGAAGAUAAGACCAAGUUUAGUAUUUAAUCACUUGAUACUUACCAAUGUGUCUAUAACACAUUUAUAGAGGAGUAGGUUAGACUUGAUUGCUGGUUUGGUAGUAACAUAACCUAUUUUACUAGUAAUUUCACCUUUUACCUUUGUUUCUUCAUCUGUGUUAUAAGUGAUACUUCCUUCAUUUUUUUUACAUGGGAUUUUGGAGGAUUAGGGAGAAAAUUUUUAUAUAUUUAAAGGAUUAGCUAAAAAGUUAUUACCUGAGUAUAAAGAUUAGUUUACCUGGAGCUUAAAAUAGCUACCUGCUUUUCCCUUCUCAGACUCUUGUUUUAGAAAGGAAUAUUCUUAUUACAGUUAAAAGAUUUAUUAAAACUAUGAUUUUCCUUAAAUCAUUUUAGGUGGAAGUGUAGUUUUUCUUAAAUUUCUUUUCAUUUUGUAUCUUUUGUUGUAUGUAUGUAUAUGUGGUGCUAGGGAUUGAACCCAGGGCCUCACGUGCACUAGGCAAGUAUCUUACUAGUGGGCUACAGCCCUCUUUUCAUUUUUAUAGGAAAUAUUAGUAGAACAUAGUGAGUGAUAAGUUUUUCCAUUUUAUUUUCUAUUGUUACUGCAGUGGAAAUGAGCAGUCUUUGCCUUUCUGCUUGGUGAAUAUUUCAAAAGAGAAACUAAAGCCAAAGUGGAGUAUCUUAGCAGUUUUGUCUGUUUAGUCUCACCUCUUAUUUUUUUCCUCAUUCUUAUUUUUCCUACUCUGAAUUAAUUAGGCAGUAUGCUAGUUUCAAAUUCAAAUGCCACAUAUUUCUUCUUUGAAAACAUUAUGAUCACUUUUUGCUUCAUAAUUUGCUUUGCUUUGUAAGUUUUUCUUACCUUUCAGAGAAAUCACAAAUAAAAAUUAUUUUGCUUUAUAUGUAAUGAAAGCAUUAUCAUUUUUUAUUGAACUAGGAAAUAAAACUAACAAAUAUGGGGAAGGGUUGAAAGAUUCCUUAACAAGGCACAUUUCUCUGUAAACUACUUAUGGGAGUAGUUAUAAAACUUUGCAUAUAAUCAUCUUAGGUCUGUAUAUAAAUAAGAGGUUUUUUUCCCUCCUAGUUAUUUAAGUUAAGGUGUGCAGUGUCUUUUCCAUGUAAUUAACCUUUCUAUUUUAUACUUUAGAAAAUUUGUACAUUUUUUAAAAAAUGGGAGGCAGUUACUUUUUUUGAAACUGUAAUUUUUCUUUUAUGUCAUCUUUUGCUUUUGGUUUCUUGUUCGAAGAUGAUAAUUUUGUGGAUUCACCAAUAUUGAUGCACUGAUCUUUGAGAAGGGGACUUGAUUUCAAAUCAGUAAUAACCAUAAAUACUUAAAUGGUAUCAUGAUAUGUGUGAGCUUUUUGGUUGUUUGGUAUAAAUGAAUUUGUCUACUUAAUUAUUUGUCAUUAAAUAAGUUUGAAUUUCAUAAACUAUGCUGAAGGUAAACUCAUUGCUAUUAUUACAUCUUUUUUAGAAUUCAAAUUCUACUUUUGAAUACAAAAUUAUGAAUUUAAAAAGUUAAUAAUGGUCUGUAAAUUACAUUGAUUUUAUUAUGGAGGUUUGUAACUCAGUGAUCUUCAUUGACCUUUAAAAAUGUUUAUAGUUUAAUGACUUUUACUCUGUAGAAUUAAAAAAAGCUAAUAAAAAUUUAUUAUUUAUUUGUCAUGACUAAAAAGUUGUACUAGUGUGAUAGGCUUAUAAGAAUUAAACCUAAAUAAAGAUAA